CAACUAACCGCCUUCAUCAAAUCAUGUGCUGUGGUCUGACGCGAUCGUCAUGAAUUCAUUAACCAUUCCGGAUAGUGCAUACGAUAAUGUUAUGAUGUUGUGUACAUAGUGUGUGCGGGAAUUAUUGUGGAUCCAUUCAUACUCCUAGCUUCAGCGUCGUUCGCCCAGCUCUAACCUCGCUAGGAUACAGCGGGAAUCGCUGGACGUACGCAACAUGGCUUCAGCAGCAAAAUGAUUCCAAUGCAAAAAGCAAACAUUAUAUCGAAUCAGGGAACUAGAGUUUCCAAUCGCAAGGCAUCUCUACGACCCGACAGUGAUCGUUUAACAAGGACUAGCUGGGCAAAUGCCUCCUUGGCAUAUGAUCAGAUACGAAAGGGCAAAGCAACUGGAAAUAGACGAUCUCUACGUCUCAGGGUUAAAUUACAAAAUGAACUAUUUUCACUUGGAUGUUAUAUAUACAAAAAAAGAACACUAUUUUUGUAUAUUGGAAUUAUUUUAUAUGUGUGCGUGUGCUUUGGACUAUUAUCAUGCACUGUUGAGUCGGAUAUUAAGAAACUCUGGGUUACAGCAGGUGGUCGUCUAGAGGAGGAACUCACUUACGCGAGAGAGAACCACGGUGAAGGAGUUGGCAGCAGAGACCUAAUGAUAACGCAUACCCUGAAGGAGAAGGGGGCAAGUGUUCUUCAUUCUGACACCCUUUUAGCUCAUCAACAAGUGCUCAAGGCAGCCGUAGAUGUUUCGGUGGAAGUCUUUGACAUAUCAUGGAGUUUAAAAGACGUGUGCAAUUCUCUUAGUUUUCCGCUCUCUGAAGAGCACUACUUAGAUAUGACAUUAGAAAACCUAUCUCCUUGUGUGAUAAUUACCCCUUUGGAUUGUUUCUGGGAAGGUUCGAAACUUCUAGGGCCUGAAUAUCCGGUGAAAAUACCAGGUUUGAGUAUGAAUGCUGUGCAGUGGUCUAAUUUGAAUCCUUUGAGUCUAAUAGAGUCAGUCAAAAAGUACUAUGCCACGUCAAAUACUUUGCAAGCCAUGGAAGCCUUCAUGAAAAGAGCGGGUAUUACCACAGCUUAUCAAGAGAAACCAUGUCUAAAUCCAAAUGAUGACCAAUGUCCCGAAACAGCUCCUAACAAAAAAAGUUCCAAGCCUUUAAAUAUUGGAGCAGAGCUUACUGGUGGUUGCUUUGGAUUUGCUUCAAAGUACAUGCAGUGGCCUGAAGGAGCUCUUUUGGGUGGUGUUACAAAAAACAAAACUGGUCAUAUAGUAAGAGCUGAAGCAUUACAAAGUAUAAUUGAAUUGAUGUCUGAAGAAGAAACAUACAAGUUUUGGAAAGAUCAUAUCAAAGUUCAUAAUCUGGAUUGGAAUGUUGAUAAGGCUAAGAAAGUUUUGGAGGCCAUUCAGCGAAAAAUAACAGAAGUUGUCUUAAGGGAAGCUGAAGCUUCUAAUUUAGAACUGCGCAAUGCUAUCAAUGUGUUCUCUCAUACUUCUUUGGACGAUAGAAUGAAGGACUUUUCUACCACUAACUUUCGCAGACUGGGUAUUGGUCCAAUUGCUAUGUUGGGAUGCAUUUGCUUAUUGCUGAAUUUCUCUGGACCAUUUACAUUUUCAUGCCUCUUGCCAAUUGUGGGAUUGAUUCUUUUAGCUUUGUCUGUUGCAGCCUGCUCUGUGUUUUGUACAACAUUUGGGUAUUACAUCAGUGCUUCCAUUUUUGUCUUCAAUGCUAUUUCUAUUCAGGUUGUGCCAAUUAUUGCUCUAAGUUUGGGAAUGAGUCAUAUAUUCCUUAUAAUCAAUGAAUAUAAAGAGUGCUUAAAAUUGGAAUUCAUUCCAGAGGACCAUCUGACUGGAGAAGUACUAAGAAGAACUGGUGUUAAUAUUCUUUUGACGACUAUCUGCCAAAUAUGUGCUUUUUGCAUCGCUGGCACUAUUCCAAUGCCUGCCCUAAGAACUGCUGCUUUUCAGUUGGCUUUGCUAAUGGCUUUCAACUUUUUUACAAUUAUUCUUAUAUUUCCAGCCUUGGUUAGCUAUGCUGCUAAAAGUCAAUUCAAAUGUGAGGAAACAUCUAGUAAGAAACAAAAGAUGUUAUAUAGGCCUACCAGCAAGCCUUAUUCCAAUUCAUCUGCUUUAGUUCCAGUGCGGCAAGCUGUAACACAUGCCUUACCUCCAGAUGGUAGCCAUGUCGUAACUGUACUGGCUCCAACUAGCAAUCAACGAGAUGAUGCAUGGCCUCAUAUAGGAACACCUACAACAUCAUAUGAUAAUUUGUCUUCUCUAAAUUCGCCAAACAAAGAUCCAGUUUCAAAAGGUGAUACCAUAUCUAUUACUAAAGAAUGCCAGAAUGGGUCUUUGCUGAUAUGGGUUUUGAGGCAUUUUUUAAUUCCAGCCUUACAAAGAACACCUGUGAAAGUGAUGGUUAUGAUAUUAUGCAGUGUUUCCAUUUUUCUUGGAGUCUGGGGCAUAUAUCGAGUUAAGGAUGGUCUAGAUUUGACCGAUUUUGUUCCUAAGGGUACUAAUGAGUAUGAAUUUCUAAGUCAAAGAACAAAGUAUUUUGGUCUUUUCAAUAUGUAUGCAGUCACUAAAGGAAAUUUCAAGUAUCCGACUAAUCAGCGACUUCUGUAUGACUAUCAUGAAGCGUUCACUAGAAUAGAGAAGAUUAAACAUGAGAAUGGAGAACCACCAGAAUUUUGGCUAACAAUGUUUAGAGAUUGGCUGCUAGGAUUACAAAAAGCCUUUGAUGAGCAGUGGAAUAAAGGUUGUAUUACUCAAGAAGGUUGGUGUCCUAAUGCUACAGAUGAUGCUAUUAUGGCAUACAAACUUCUAGUGCAGACUGGUCGCAUUGAUAAUCCUGUGGAUAAAUCUCUGGUUAAAACAAUGCGACUUGUUGAUGGAAAUGGUAUUAUAAAUACUAAGCCAUUUUACAACUACCUCUCUGCUUGGGUUUCCAAUGAUCCACUUGCAUAUUCUGCUUCUCGAGCCUACUUUGCACCAGAGCCUCGGCAGUGGAUCCAUGAUCCUCAGGAUGUUGACUUAAAAAUGCCAAAAUCUCAACCUUUAGUUUAUGCUCAGAUGCCUUUUUUCCUUGAUGAAAUGAGCACCACUGAAGAAAUAACUGCAACAAUACGAGAAAUCAGAGCAGUGUGUGAAAAAUUUGAAGCCAGAGGGUUGCCGAACUUUCCCAGUGGACUUAUUUUUACUUAUUGGGAACAAUUUGUUAAUCUCAGAACAGAUCUUUUCAUUUCAAUAUUUUAUGUGUGCAUUGUUAUAUUGGCAGUCUUAAGUCUGCUUCUACUAAAUCCAUGGGCUGCUAUUGUUGAGGUUGCUGUUUUAUUUCUGAUAGUUGUUGAAUUGUUUGGCUUCAUGGGAAUAGUAGGAAUUAGACUAAAUGCUGUCACAUCUGUUAUCCUCAUCUGUGCUGUUGGAAUGGGCGUUUCAUUUACUAUUCAAUUGUUGAUGGGCUUUUUAACAAGUAUUGGCUGUCGGGAACAUCGAAUGGCUAUGGCGUUGGAGUAUAUGUUUCGCCCUGUAUUACAUACUGGCUUGCCAUUUUUAGCUGGUGUUAUUGCAUUAUCAUUUUCUGAAUUCGAUUUUAUUUCAUGGUAUUUUUUCACUGUCUUGUGUGCGUUUAUCAUCAUUGGUAUGUUUAAUGGAAUGAUUGUGUUUCCUAUCCUACUGUCUGUCAUUGGACCUCCUGGGGAGGUUAUUCCUUAUGACAAUCCUGAUAGAAUAUCAACUCCUACCCCAGAACCUUCACCUAUUAGGUUGAGAGUAAAACAUGCUCGUCCAUUUUCAAGACGGAUAUAUCCCCGUGUGCCAUCUGAAAUUUCUUUAUCUACGAUCACGGAAGAAUCUACGUCUCGACAUUCACCUGAAAUAGUUGUCCAGCCAGAAUUAGUUGUAGAAACAACAACAGUUACAAAUACUACAACUGGUGCUGCAACUGUUAAUACAACUACAAAUUCUCCAGAGAAUACGGACAGCCAGUCAGAAGAUAGUUCAAAAUGUAACACACCAUGUGGUGAGAAUAUUACUACUACUAGUAGUAGCACUUCAAAUAUUGCUAAUCAGCCCUCAGGAACUACAACAGUUACUACUCGAGUCAAAGCUACUGCUAAAGUUAAGGUUGAAGUCCAUUCACCAUAUUCAAGCAAUUUGGACACCUCAAGGCAUAAAAGAAGAAGAGAUAGUUCCUCUUCUAGAAGCUCAAGUGCUCGUAGUUCACCAACCUAAAUUUUGAGUGUCUUAAAACAUCAUUCCAAGGAUACUAUUUUUGUUGGUUUACAGAGAAGGAAGCCAGUGGUUCCCUCCAGCAGAUAAGAAUGCUGUAGAAACUGACAACUCCUCUAGCUGGAAAUGCUAGUUGCAUGAGCAACUUGGUAUUGGGAUUAUUGGCUUGGCCGUGUAACUUCUUGCUAAGAUUCUCAUUCAAGUAAGAGGUUGAUUUGGCAGUUCUGUCCAGUGCAUGGUCAUUUCAGAGUUAUUGCAUUUUUCUGCCAAAUGUGGUGUUCUAUUGAAUCUCAUUGCUGCAAAAUUGACAUCCUAUUUUUAUGGACACCUCCUUUGUAUAUGACUCCUAAUCAAAAAGCGACGCUAGUCUGUACAUAAAAUAAAAAUAUAGGAAACUUUAUUUUGAUUUUAAUAUGCAGUAAAGUUUUUAAGGUAUAUAUUUACACAUGUCAAAUCAACCUUUUACCUUCAUUCUGUUUUAAUUGCUCAAAUAGAACUCUUGAACUAUGUCACUAGGGAAAAAAAAGAGGUUAACUAUACUUGUUCCUUGUCUUCUUAAUUUAUUAGUGAACUAUUUGGAUGUUUUUUGGAGUGAUUUUUUUGUAGAAAAUCCUUCUUCCUGUUAUGUUUUUACCUUUGUGUUAUUCUUCUAGAUAACAAAUUUGCAGUAGAUAUUAUUUUGUACAUCCCUCAGAUUUAAUAUUAUCAUUCUCAAUUAGAUUUGUCAGCAUUUUUCAUUGUUCCUUACAAAAAUAAUCACAUUCCAAUCAUAAGACUGAAUGACAAAACGUCCGAGAUGUGCAUUUUUUAAAAAUCAUUUUUCUUGUCUGUAUAUAUGUUAUAUUUGAAUAUUCUUGUGUUGCAUCAUAAUUCAGAGCACAAACACCUGUUCAUUUAUUUGUUGAAAAAUACUAAAAAAGUAAAUACACUCAAAAAUAUUGUGCAAUUUGCCUGGAUAAUAUCGUAUGAAUGUUUUGCAUUUACUGUGAUGUUUUCUUGAACAAACAGUAUUUUUGCAAAUAUGGGAAUGGAAGGAAUGUUAGACCAUCAAUCAGUAUUAUUAUUUGUUUUGCUUAUGUUUUAUUAUUUGUUUGAUUUAAAAGUUAUAUCUUCUAAUUAUAAAAGAAGUUGGCUGUUUAUUGGUUUAUUAUUAAAAUGACCAUUUAAGUUCUUUUUUUUUUUGUAUAAAAAAAGUUGCCUUAUAAAUAUUUUAUCAAUAUAGAAUUUAAAAAUUACCUCACCUUUUAUAUCUCUGUAAAUGCAUUUUUCAUUAUAAGUUGAUGCAAGUUAUCAUAAAUUUCUAGAUAACUACUUUUAAAUAAUUCAGUGAAUUUAUUAUAAAUUUAAUGUUUGCACAUUUGCAAAUUUUUAUUUUUGACAGAAGCCAUUCUUUAUAAAUAUGUACCGUUACCAGGAAUUAAUAGAUUAUUAACUGAUUAUUAGAGGGAGAUUUUUUUUUUCUAGUAUCACAUUGAAUUGAGUUUGUGUCAUGAACUUAAAAACUGUGAUUAACUAGGGAAAAGAUAUUUGGUUUUGUGUGUGUCUGGGUGUAUGUGUGUGAAGCAAGAUUUAAAAGAUUUUAGAUGUUUGAAAAAUAUGGAUUAAAAUUUAAAAAAUUUUAAUUUUUCAAUUUUUUUUUCAUUUUUAAAUUGAAUUGAUUAGCAAUUCAGUUUUCAUUUAGAUUUCUUUUAUUAUUAAAGAAUCAUAGCUAUUGCUUGUUCUAAUUCUGAGAAAAUAUUAUCUUGUUUAAUCAAAAUAAUUAAAAUUGAUUAAAGUAGCAAUUUCAAAUUUUUUGAGGCACAAAAAUUUUACAAUCAGUUUUCUAAAUUACAGAAUUAUAAUUAUGUUUAACACUUUGUGAAAAAAAAAAUCCAUAUGUAAGUUUAGGUGGAAUUCAUUCAUGACUCUAAAAAAAUGAGUUUACUUAAAAAUAAUAUUUAUAAAUUUUUAGAUUUUUUUUCCCUUUGUUUGACUAUUUUUUCAAAUGCAUUGCUGCACUUAUAAUCUGUAUUUAUUGAUGAAUUUUUUUCUAUUAAAUGAAAACAUUUUUCAACUGAAGAAUCAAAAUUAAAGUAACUUUUCCAAUAAAUUCUGAUUAUCACAAAACCUCAACUUUAUUUUUCUCAUUCUGUACAAUAUCGCUUAAAAUUUUGUAAAAUAUGCGUUAAUAUAUAAAUAUAUAUUUUUUUUAAUGCUAAGACCAUCCUACGCACAUUUGAGGAAUCAUUUAAAGUCUUAUCUACUGCCUGUUUAUCUUUUACAAAGAUCAUUGCAUCUCUUCGAAUUCAGGGAUUAUGUUUUUAUAUGUUUGCUUAAUUUUUUGUAGAUAUAAAAACUCAGUACAAAGGAAUAAGCCUAUAUUUUAAUUUUUUUUUUUUCAUUUUAACAUAUCUACAUAUUUUGUUAGAUAACUAUUUUUAAAAUAUCUUUUAACUGUGUUUAACAACAUGACACUUAAAUAGAGCGAGAUUUAUUUAUUUAUUUUCUUGUACUAUUGUUUUGAAAUAUAUAGUUUGUACAGUUUUAAUCUGGGCAAAGUGUUUUGCUCUGUGACCUCAUGUCACUGCCUUCACAAAAAUUCAAAGCUUUGUAAAUUGUAUAAACUUGUAGAUAAAGAUGGCUGUAAAUGUGAUUGCCAUUUCUAUUGUAUUUAUCUUAUGAGAUCUAUAUAAAUUAAAGUUUAUAAUAUUUUUAUAUAA